AGUCCACGUGUGAGAAGCUCCUCUGGACCAGUAGCAGCGCAAUGGAGGAUAAAAUUCAUUUGGAUUUGGAAGACUUUUCGUCGGAGCCAUUUUUCGACGCAAUCAUUAAGGAAAUAACAGAGCAAGACCCUUCAUUUUUAAUUGGGAUUAUCGUCGCAUUAGCUGUUGUUAUUAUAACAAUUGUGUUUUUGAGAUUUUUCUUGGGCACCAAGAAGACAAGAAAAGCAGUGUUACUAGUUGGUUUAUGUGACGCUGGAAAAACUCUCCUCUUCAGCCGGCUGCUGACAGGGAGAUUUAUUCAAACUGUGACCUCCAUCACCGAGUGUAAAGCGACUUACAAAGCAAAAAAAGAGAAGGCUACCAGCUGGACUCUUGUGGACAUUCCUGGUCAUGACAAUCUCAGAGCUCAGUUUAUGGAGAAGUUCAAGGAUUCUGCCAGAGCGAUCGUGUUUGUGGUGGAUAGCGCCACCUUCCAGAAGGAGGUAAAAGACGUGGCAGAGUUUCUCUACUCUGUCCUGACGGACAGCGUGCUGAUGAAGAACGCUCCGACCAUGCUGAUAGCCUGCAACAAACAAGACAUCACCAUGGCAAAAUCAGCUAAAGUGAUUCAACAGCAGCUAGAGAAAGAGCUAAACACUUUGAGGGUGACUCGCUCGGCAGCGCUCACAUCUCAGGACGGCUCGGUUCAGUCCACGCUGUACCUGGGGAAGAAGGGCAAGGACUUCGAGUUCUCCCAGGUGUCCAUGCAGGUGGAGUUUGUGGAGUGCAGCGCACGCAACAGCAACAAGGACGAAAAUGGUGAUAUCGAGGCUUUGGAGAAGAGUUUGGCCAAGCUAUGAACAGUCAUAACAGGUGGCCAGAGAUACACAAAGCUUAAAUCAUGUAUUUUGGAUUCAAAAGCUUUGAAAAUCAGUAGGUUUUUUUUUUUGUUUGGUUGGUUUUUUUUGUUUAUAGAUUUGUACACAUCAGCUGACUUGGAAUCAUGUGAAAAGUCUGUUUUUGUGUGAAUUUUGUGAGGACUUGUACCCAAAGCAUUUACACAAAUUUAUUUAUUUGGACAACCCACUCCAUUCUGAACAUUUUAACACCAUAAACUGAUGUUUACGGUGUUCAACAUCUGUGUGUUUUCUCCAUCUGCUUUGUGCCUUACAUCUGGAAUGCUGAGUGUGUAAUUAUGGAAACUCCUUAGGCUCAAGCUCCUGCUGAAACCUGUAAAGUUACUUUUUGCAUAUUG